GCUGCCCUAAUCACUCAAAAGCCCUCGUCUAUCAUUGUUGAAGAAGGACAAAAUGUGACUCUAGUUUGCAAAGCUACUGGUCAGCCGACACCAACAGUAAUGUGGCGCAAAGCGUUUGGUCACAUGUCUAAAGUGAAUAUUGUGGUGGCAGGUUGGAAUAUGACCAUACUCAGCGUUACGAAAGCAGACGGUGGGGCUUACGCAUGCUCGGUAAAGAACCUUCUUAGCCAAGAUUCUGCUGUUGCAUUAGUGACAGUGAUUGACAGGCUCGAAUUCAUUUUGGCUCCUCCUCCUACAGUUGUUGCAAAUGAGAGCAGCGACAUAAUAUUGAACUGUGCAGCCCACGGCAAAAAAGAUAUUCUUUGGGAAAGACAAAGCCAAGCAAUUCCUAAAAAUCAUGCCAUUUUUUCAAAUGGAACAUUGCUUAUGAGGAUGGUUUCUCUAAAUGACGCAGGAACUUACAAAUGCGUAGCGAAAAACUACCACCGUUCUAUAGAAGCAACCUCUGUUGUUAAAGUGCUAAGCUUAAAACCCAAAACCUGCAGCGAGAUAAGAUCUAAACACCCUGGAAGCUCUUCUGGUAAUUACAGUAUUGACCCUGAUGGCAAUGGUGGGGUGACUUCAUUUAGUGUGUAUUGUGACAUGAAUGACAAGGGCAGAGUUGGUGUGACGGUCAUUAGUCACGAUAGUGAGAGUAGGACCCAUGUUGGUAACAUUCCUGGAUGUAAUGGCGCCGGAUGUUACCGUAAAGAUGUUAGUUACACAGCAGUUACUACCGCCCAGCUGGCAGCGCUUACUCGAGUUUCACAUAACUGCGAACAGUUCAUCAAGUAUGAGUGCAAUCCUUACUCGCCAUUUAUUGAGGAUGGUUUUGCAUGGUGGGUGUCACGUGAUGGAACAAGAAAGGACUACUGGGGUGGAGCUACUGGCUACAACAAAAUGUGCGCAUGUGGACUAUCAAAUUCUUGUCCCAAUGGUAAGAAUUGCUACUGCCGACCCAGUAAAGGUUGGAGCGAGGACAGUGGUCUGCUCACAGACAAGACCGCUCUUCCCGUAACACAAAUCAGACUGGGAGACUUAGACGGUUCACACGAGGAAGGUUAUCACACUUUAGGGAAACUCAAAUGUUAUGGACAUACUUAGCGAGUCGGUCCAGUGCGAAACAGUUUUCAACUAGGGGCGCUGUAUGUUUAGUCCUAUUUGCAAUUUCUCUGCUGAUCUAAACGUUCUUUCAGGCGCAGUGUUUUUGUAUCCUAGCGCACUCAGGUUUGAUAAAAAUACUUAGUGUGAUAAUAUACUUUAACGUACGGAAGUAAAAAGCCCAUGAGCCAGUCCUCUUCUUCCGUGAGGAAAGCAACAAAUUUCUGGAUUUUUUGUUUUAGAGACUAUCUUUAUGCCUUUCGAAAGACUCUUUGUCCUGUGAGACUGGCUCAUUAGAUCGUUAAGUUGUAUUUUAUUCAAAUUUAUAUUUCUACAUACCUUUAUUAUAAACUUCACCCCAUGUGCGCUUUUCACUCAUUUCACUUUCCACCAAUUUUUUCAUAUACUUAACUUGAUGCGGAAUAUUUUUUUAUUCCUAAUAAUGCCGUUGAUCGAUCGGCAAAAGCUCGGAAUAUAAUUGUCAAUUUUAAUUACAACAGUUUAAGGCCUCGUUCGAACAACAUUUUACUUUCUAAUGUUUAUAGUUUUGAUGCUGCAAUAGAAUUUACCAUUACAGACAGAAAAAGCCAACGUAUUGCCUUAUGAUUUACUAAUACGACUUCAGGCCAUGUUUUUGUUUAAUAAAAGUGAAAACGUAGUCUGAUGUGCUUAUAUAAUGUUGUUUCAAACUUGUGGAAAAUUUAUUAGCCAUCCUUGCCUAUAGCGAAAUCAAGUUUGAGUCACCCAGGGCCUGUUUACAUGGAGGUGAGGGACUCCAGAUAGGUGAGGUAACAUGUGGUGGGUCACCCUACCUAUCUUUUAAACGUGAUCAAAUUAGAUAGAUUAUAUGGACAGGCGGGUUACCCCACCUAAGCGGGCUACCUCACCUACCUGGGGUGCUCCACCUCCAUGUAAACAGGGCCUUAAUUUAUGUAACAAACUGCGAGAUUCGCCUCUUUGGCAGUUGCCAAAAGAUUCCCCUAGUGUAUUUACUUCGGUUUUCACAACGUUCCAAUGCCUAUUCAGUUGUUAAUUCUGAAGCUCGACACAGAAAAGAAAAAUUAGAUUUAAAAUUAAUUUCAGAAAGAAAUUAAACAAUUGUACUUUUGCUUGAUGUGACUGAUCAAUAUUACAAUAGCGCACGAUGAUGUCAUUUUAGUUCUAUUUUAUACUACGACCAGAAUCCUUCAGGGUUUUGCCUUCUUGUGCAAAUUAGGGCUUUUGUUUUUUAAUCCUCUCUGGAAUUACCAAAUUUAAAUAUGAAAGGAAAAAGCAAAGGGAUUCUGGUCAUAGUAAUAAAAUGACGCCAAGGUGCAAAUGGCCUUUUCUCGAGCAACCAGUGACGUUAUUACGUAGAUUCUUAAGUCAUGAAACCGAGGCACGAGGCUUCUCUACUCAAUGUACGAAGAAAGGCUGAAAAAACAUGGUACAUAUCCUUAGAACGCUGCGCAAAGAGGGGUACUAUCAGUCAGAAUUAGACAUUCUCUUAAUACAAUAGUUCUACCUAAUAUUAAUUAUGCAGUAUCCGUCUACGGUGCGUCCUAUUCCGAUCUUACACCUGUGCAAUGUUUCUUGGGCCGCUGUUUCAAAAGGAAAUACACGUCAAAGCCUGUAAGUGCACAUGAUCUCUUAGAGGGGUAGGAUCGCAAAGUUUUUAGAGAGGUGGUUCUAAACUCUACAGGACAUUCACUCUUAUCUUAUGAAAAGAAACUUGUUAUAAACCUAAGAUUAAUACUAUGCGUCUUAAAUACUCUUUCAUUAACCAUUUAUUUUUUUUUUAAAUACUGACGAAUUAGCUUUGUAAUAUACUAGAUCUGAAUUCUUUCUUUUUUCCUUUUCAUACUUGUUGCCAGAUGUAAAAUUUCUUGAUUAAAUACCCUUGUAACAAAAGAUAUGUAUUUUUAUCUUUUGACGAAUAAAAAGACUUUAUUAUUAUUAUUAUUAAAUCCAAGCACUGAUGGUUUAUUUGAGUUUCAUAGCACGUUCGUAGUCAAAUAAAAAAACAUUUUGCACCCUUAAUGAAAGACAUAUCUCGUAACCAUAGCAACUGACCAUCACUAAACUCGUCUCAAAAUCUGCGCGAGGGAUGAACGAACAGCAGGGUGAUGGACUCCUGACGAACAGCUACUGAAAAGGUCGGGUGCUGAUGUUUUAUCCUCUAGGGAAAAACUCAGAAAAACCAUAUCGGGGCGUGGGAUCCACCCCCCCCCUCCCCCCCGCCUUGUACGUCCGAGGGUUUUAAUAGGACAUUCGUAAUACAUAUUGUCUGAGGGGACUUUGUGUCGUAAACCAUUAUAGUCAAAUGAUCUUGAGCAAAACUUAAUGAUGAGUGCAAAUCCUUCGCCAUAUCGUCUGUCGAAUUGAUUGAUUCCAAAGAGAUGCUAUCUGAGUAAUUUUACGUAAUGGUACAAAGUCUAAAUAGAUCAAUUGAAAACCCAAUAGUUGCAACAGCCGAUUCUCUGAGUAUACACAACAGCACAAUUCGCUUGUACGGCAGGCGUCGAAAGCGUUCUAGGAUCGCUUUUAUCAUCCUCCCCUUUUUUGCGUCGUGCAUGCAGGCUAAUGCAUCAUAUCGUGAAGAGAUUUCCCCAUCAAACAAAACAUAAACUAACUGCCUUUUCAGCAAAUUCAGCAAACUUGAUCUCACCGCAGCACAAUAAUGCGGAAAUAAGCUUUGACGGAAGUAACAAUACAUGCACAUUAAUGUAUCGGUAUCAAGUCCGACAUUUUGUGAUUUUGUAAUGUUUCAGUAUUUUCAAAUACGUGACCUGUCUUCCUCCUUAUCUUGGUUCGUUUCUUUUUCAUUCAAAAUCUCCUAUUACAGGUAGAUCAUAUUACCUUCAAGGAACGUUUCGUCUGUUUGUAGAUUAUGCAGUUGUUCAUCCGUAAACAGGGUGAAAAUCACGCUCUCUUUAAGGGGAAAGCAAACAAACUAACUCGGUUUGAAGAUAGACAUAUUUUACUUUUAGACCGACAUAUCUUUUCGGCUAUUUACUUCUAAAUGGUUUCAAAUGCAAUAAAUACACCAAUUCAUUUGGUUUUCCUUUGCAAGAUAUAUCCAGCACUGUUUCCUGUUAGCUAUAACCUUUUCAUCGUGAGGUCGUGCAAAAUAGUUGACUGGAGAAAUCGAGAAAGCCUGAUUGAAAUAGAUCUUGAGGAAAAGGGGUGGUGAGAUGGGCGUACUGUAUUGCUACUCUAUGACGGUCGUUCCUCCAAUGAUUUCACGUGGAGAUUAUUGUCUCUUUCUGCGAUCAUUUGUUAAACUAGUGCUUUGUAAAUAUAGUAACAAACAAUAAGCAUUCUUUUCCAAGCUAUCUUUUUAGGAUAAAGAGCAACUUAUCGGAACGCGGAAAAAGCCCUAAAGGAAAUAAAUGAAACUUCCCAUUAAGCGAAACUGUGUUAAAAAGGCUUAUGCAAUCAGUACAUGUCUCAAUGACCGUCCAUGCUGUGUCAACAGUUUUUAACUAGAAUGGAGACGACAAAGGUUCGUUCUAAUUCAAAAACUGUAUCAGUUUCAAUGUUACAAAGUCUCUCUAUUUUUAUUUGCUUCGUGGCACUGAUUCACGUCGAGUUGGAGCUGCACGCACAUCGAGACACCAUCAGAGUUUUGACUUCUCAACACAGCGGAGAAAAUCCCGUGCCAAGAAAAACUGUAAAUGAUGAAACGAGUCAUUCUUCGCUUACGGAGACACACAAUGACUUGGCGGAAGGUCUGUAUAUGUCCCCAUUGUGACUAUUGAAAUAUCCCUUCUUCUGAUUACUUGAGAUAGUUUUUUCAUAGGACAGGGGCACACAUUUUUUUAAAAAAACUUUUAAAGCACAAUGGUAUAGUAUAGCUAUUACUAAACGAGGAUCGUAUAAUCCCUAGACUCGGAGAUCAAAACUUCACUGACUUCGUUAGCACAAAACAAACCGGCCACGACAUUAUGAGGUUGUACGUUAAGGAAGUUGUGACAAGUCCAGGUACAUACUAUGCUCAGGAUUUUAAGGAUUUGUCGAUUAAAAUCGCUCCAUAGUUUGGGAAAAACCGCAACUCAAAGCCGAUGAUUUCCUCCUUGGCUUGUUCAUGUGCGCCCAUAACACCCUCGGAUAUAUUUCCUUCACCUACUUAAGCAAGAACGGCCUUCUUACUUCUUCUUAUCCAAUCAUACUGAGUCAAAAUCUCUUGCAGAGAAAUACACUCGUCAGAAACGUAACAUAGGGAGUUCGAAGAAGGGAUCAAAUGACAGCAAAAUGAUCAGUCGUGAUGAAAUCAAGAAAGAAGUUCAACUUGUUCUUAGUAACCUGGCCUGUAAAGUACGUUGCCCAAAAAACACCAGGGGAAGACGAGGGAGGCCUGGUGAAAGAGGUCCACCCGGGCCUCAGGGACCUCCAGGCCCUAAAGGCGAUCCGGGCCCUCAAGGUCCAAAGGGCGAUCCUGGUAAAACCAUCUCAGCUCCUUCUAUCGUGUCACCUCCCACAUCCACCGUGGUUAACGAAACCGAUGUAGCCUCAUUUCAGUGCAAGGUUAGAGGAAAUCCCAAACCUAAGAUCACGUGGCUAAAACAGAACGCCAGUCUUCCUGCUAGCAAAAGAAUCGUGCAGUCACGUGGUACCCUGAUGAUUAGGGAUGUGACGUCACAAGAUGGCGGAAUGUACACGUGUCAAGCGAAGAAUAUUCUUGGAGUUGUGCAAUCAUCCGUCACACUAACUGUUCAAGGUAAAAGAUGCAUUUAA